UAGUUCAAAGUUCUUGUGGCGGUCAGUCACCUCCAGCUUGCGUUAACAUUUGGUGUCGGUUCCACUCUUAUUCGCAGCGAAGAAAAACAGCUAACUGCCAUGACGACUGAAUACCAUGACGACGUUGAAGACGACACCAAUUCGUUCUGGACAAAAGACCCACCCCACGUCCCUCGCUCAGGUGCGCCCGCACUCAGGCGCCGCUUGUUUCCUGUUGUGACCGCAGUAGCCAUCUUGAUUCUGACCAUUGCACUGGGAGCCAGCUACUCUAGGUUGUCAAGUCGUUUGUGGUCAGUAGAGAACAACGUUUCCAACGUCAGCCAAUCACUACACAGCAUCCAGCAGCUGGUCCAAGAGGGUGCAAAAGGCGUGGAGCGACUGAAGUUUGCCGUGGAGAACAACAAAGAAGAAAUCCUUUCAGCCUCGGAGGCUUUGAAGCAGCUCGCCACUCUGGACACCAUCAGCAGGACUGUGACGUCACUCAGAUGCUCCUUUGAACGCAUGAUCAACAACAGUACAGGUACUACAAUGGCAGGUUGCUGUCCUCUUGGCUGGCAGCCAUUGGAGUCCACCUGUUACCACUUCAGUCGCAUGCCGCUAUCAUGGCAAGAAGCGAGAGACUGGUGCAACGGGCACGAGUCGCACUUGGCCAUCUUGCAGUCGGACUCCGAGUGGGACUUUGUCUUCAAGCACACGAUGGCCUUCUACUGGGUUGGACUGAGUGACGAGAGGACGGGAAAGUGGGAGUGGGUCAACCAUACGCCUUACGUCAUGAACCGCAGGCACUGGCGACCCGGUCAGCCUGACAGCUGGACCAAUCACGGCCUCGGACCCGGAGACGAGGACUGCGCUCACCUGCAUGUGGAUGGCCGGCUUAACGACCUACACUGCUCCACAAGGCUGAACUUCAUCUGUCAGAGACACAGCACUUGACCACGCCUUUUUAUGCAACCAUCUUUUUAUACCCCCGACCAGGGCACUUGACAAUGCCCCUUUUAAUCACACAUCCAUACCUCCCUAACCUGCGCACUUGACCAUGGCCCUUACUCCCCCGCACACCCUGACCUGGGCACUUGACCACACCCCUUUGCGCAUGUGCCCCCUUAAAUGAUCCUUAACAUGCGCACUUGACCAUGCCCCACAAUAAAAAGACAAACAAAUA